UUCAGGUAACCUACACACGGGAGUAAUCGUUCUUAAUAGAUUAAACAGGUAGCGCUGUGUUCAGGUGUAUGAACUAAAUCAACUUCGUACAAAACAAAGACUGUUUAUAUACACAGAGAGGUCGUCUGUGCUAACAUGAAUGUGAUUUUAUCGUGAAGCAAGGACAGCAAGGUUCUGGAGACACAAUAUGAAGUUAAUGAUACUAAUUGGCCUUCUGGGCGUACUCAGCCUGGCCUAUAUAGUACAAAGUUGUAACCAGUCGGUGUGUGCCAGUCUAGUUAGCAAGUGUCAACUUAUCAAAAGUUGCGACUGUGAUAUGUCAGAUAAGAAAAACUGUUCAUGCUGUAGUAACUGUCAACUUUGUCUUGCCCAGCUCUACUCAGAGUGCUGCUCCUGUGUUGAUAUGUGCCCCCAUCCUGAUCCAGAGGAUAGUAUAUUUAAAACAAGUGCUAUAGAAGUGAUGUCAGACCCUAUUCCCGAGUUGUUCAAUGUUCUUACAGAAGAGGAAGAUUAUCUCAAAAGAUGGACAACGCAUAAAUAUCCAGUCUAUUUUGAAGCACUUUAUUCUAAAAAAUUGAAUUUAAAAGAUAUUGAACAUGAUCUCUCAGAUGGGCUGUCUCACAGUAAAACUAACUGUACUGUCGCAUUUAUGUCUAAGUGUAUGUCAAUGAACAAAUGUAAACAGUCGUGUAAAUCCAUGGGGGCGGCCAAAUACCGCUGGUUUCAGAACGCUGGGUGUUGUCAGUGUAUCGGGGACACCUGUAUAGACUACGGUCUGAAUGAACCAAUGUGUUUAUUAUGUAAGGACGACACAGAAGAUGAAGAAGAAGCUUCUAAAAAGGUUCCUGAAAUGGAAAUAAAUUUAGAGGAUAAAAAAAUCGAACAAGACGUCAAAGAUGGGGUAUAGCAGUUGAUAAGAAGUAGUUGAAAUACUGAUACUGACAGUAUAAAAAGUGAUAUAAGUGUUGUGAAUUCAGUGAUAAUGUACAUGUAUAAUGCAAGUUGUUAGAUAAGAUACAUGUAGGAGUUAAUGUAAAGAAACAAGAAAAACCAUUGAACACACAGGAAUGGUCUUAAACUGAAUAUGGUUAAACUUGUUACAGAAAGGUUAAGUGUGUAUAUAUCUUUAAAAUUACUUGUUUAAAGAAAGGAACAUAAUUUUAAUGACUGAACCAGGAGUGGUUUUAUAUUAGAUAAAGAAAUGUUUACACACCAAUUUACUUUAUUUACACAAAUUACCCCCCAGCUACCAACCCAGAAAAUUCAUUUUCCUCAUGAAUUAUUGUU